AUGAGUAACAAUCGCGAUACUCAAAACAAUCGAUUAUUAAUGAUUUCCUUUUCGCCACAACAUUUCACCUUUUUCGUUUUGGUUUAUUUUUUCAAAAUUUAUUGUUUUUUGUUUGAGUUCAAAAAAAUGGAUACAAUUUGGCUUAUUUGUAUUUUCAUAUCAUUUCUUAUACUUUUAAUGAUAUUUAUUGCUGCGAUCGCUAUGAAAGUUUCUAAACUACAACGAUCAGCAUGUCAAACACGAGAACAAUUAACUAUGUUAGAAGCAAGUAUGGUCAAAGUUGUAUCUCAUAUCACAAAUGAUUUGAAAAUAAUGGCUAAUACUGAUAAUUUAUCAGCGGAAAAAAAUUCUUUUCAAUGUGAACGACAAAAACAACGUCGACUUGAAACAUUCGGUUCGAUUAGCUCUAAACAUCGUAAUAGCUUGCGAAAUUUGAAGCCGCUUUUACGCUUUCAUUCAAGAUCCUCUUCUAAAUGUCUAAGCAUUCAUCAAAUCAAUGAUCAUGACAAAAAAAAUAUCAACGGAACUAGUUUCAGACCACUGGAUACAGAAAACUUUCCAUUCGUUAGCCGUGAAGACUCUUGUAUUAUCAAUGUAAUCAAUGAAGAUCUCGAAUCUAAAUUGCAUGGGAAUUCAGCAACAAAAGAACGAUCAUCUACAAAUUAUUCAAUGAAUUCCCGUAAAUCUCCGAAUAUAAAUGGCGAUGUAGAAGGAUUAAAACAAUUGGAUACAUAUGUCGAUCAUCAUAAACCAAGUGAUUGUUCAUCUCAAAAAUUGUUUGAAUCAGUUAAAGAAGAAUUUGAUAAAUCUUUUAAUCGUGUGAUGGAUGUUGUAAAUCAAGAGAAUACCGUGGACUUUGAUACUGAUUCAGAAUAAUCAUUCUUUGUUUAUCAGCUUAAUUUAUAUUAAGUUUUUUGUAUUAUCAUUGAUAUUUAGAUUUUUUUUCACUUUCACUUUUACAAUUUCUUUUUCUAUUCAAUAAGCUUUGUUUCUUUGGUCUUUUUAUCAUAAUCGUUUCAAUGAAGAUUUAAUUUUUAAUUGUUUCUGAAUUUUG